AUGUCUUCGCACGAAAAGCUAUCCGCAGCCGCCAACGACCGGAAGUCGCGCCUCGCACAACUCAAGUCGCUGAAACGGAAACAAGAACAAAUAUCAGACGCGCCAGAAGCUGCCGACUCGCCAUCCACCCAGCUCCAGGCCGAGACGUCGCAAGCUCUCACGCGCACAGAAGAAGGAGAAGAAGCUUCAGUAGCAGCCACAUACCUCUCCGGCCGAAACUACGAUGCGACGACGCGGAAUGUCAAGUUGGGCUUUGACAAUACACCGAUCGUCGACCCUACAAACACAUUGGAAUACAAGGCAGAGCAGCUGGCGCUCGAAACAAAGGCGCAACAAGAAGCAGAAACCGCAGAAGACAAGGGACUGGACCUAUUCAAGUUGCAGCCCAAAAAGCCAAAUUGGGACUUGAAGAGGGAUUUGGAGCAGAAGAUGAAGGGACUCAAUGUGCAAACAGACAAUGCAAUUGCAAAGCUGGUCCGCGAGAGAGUGGAAGCCCAGAAAGCCAUAAGAGAGAAGCAACCGACAGACGGCAGCAAUGGAGAAGAGGUGGGUAUGGAGGGUAGUGAGCUGGUCGAGGCAAUGCAUCUGAAGGAGCAAGAGGACGAGCGAGAAAGGAAGAGGGAUGAGGAGGACGAGGACGUCAGUUGA